AUGACGGCUUCAGCCUGGCCGUGGACGGCGCAACGCAAAACAACACCAGAGGGCAUUAAAAGCUAUACACCUCCCCCUGGGUUGUACAAAAAGGUAUUUGACGAAGUUCCAAAGAGCAAUGCUGAAGUGGGCAUUAGAGGCUGUAGCCUUUCCCCUGGAGUGUACAAGAAGGUGCUUGACCAGAUCUCUGGGGCUGAUGGGAAAGAGAAGGGAAAAUAUUUUCAAUGGACAAGUGAAAUGGACCGAUGCCUCGUUAGAACACUUAUUAAGGAAAUUAAGAAUGGGAACAGAAAAGACGGUGUGUUUAGGGCUGUGUCUUAUCGUAUUGCCGUCGAAACCAUAAAUCAAGUGUUUGGGCUUGAUUUGGCUAGAGACAAUGUCAAAAAUAGGUUGAGAACUCUGAAGCGAUUAUAUGGAAUUUUGAAACAACUCCUUGCUAAUGAAGGAUUUGAGUGGGAUAAAGAAAAUAAGAUGGUGAUUGCUGAAGACUUGGCGUGGAAUGACUAUCUCAAGGAUCAUCCCGAUGCUAGGCAGUUUCGAGCAAAGGUAUUCGAAAAUUAUGAUGAGUUAUGCAUUAUUUUCGGGAAUGAAGAACAAGAAUUACUGGAAACUUGGAAUAUGAUUUGCAAGAGUGUGGACUCUAUAGAUAGGGCAGAGUUGGAUUCUGCCUCAACAUCAGAUUCUCAGAGUGAUGACUUUUACGAUACUCUAAGUUGGACAAAGGAUAUGGAUAAUUUCCUAGGUGAUUUUCUAGCGGAGAAAGUCAGAAAUUCUAGUAAACCUGUUAAUAUCUUAUGUCCUGAAAUAUAUGACAUUCUGGCUUCUGCAUUGAAAGAAAAGUUCGGGCUUGUAGUAACAGACGAACAUAUUAAAAAGCGAGUUACAAGUUGGAAGAAGAUGUAUGACAUGUUGAAGGAACUUCUUUCUCAUCCCGGAUUCAAAUGGGAUGCAUCAAGGACGAUAGUCAUGGCAGAUGAUUCAGCUUGGAGUGAAUAUCUCGAGAUUUGCCCAGAGGCUAGCAUUUUCCGUGCCAAAGUCAUUGACAACUACAAUCAGUUAUCUCUUAUCUUUGAUAAUGUUAGUGGGACAACAUGUGUUGUUGAUGCCUCAAAUAUAGUGGACAGUAGCAAGACGAAAGAAAAAGUGAACCAUAUGUGGACAUCUGAAAUGGACAGAUACCUCGGUACUGUCUUGAUGGAACAAAUACGAGCUGGCCAUAAAUUGGAAAACAAACUGAAGCCUGGAGCAUAUUUAGCAGCUACAUCUGCAAUGAAUAGAAGAUUUGAACUCAGGUUGACGAAGGAUAAUGUUAAAAACCGUCUUAAAAUAUGGAAGAAACACUACAACAUUUUAAUGGAGAUCCUAGAAAAUGACGACUUUGAAUGGGAUGAAGCUGCAAAGGUGGUGGUUGCAAAAAAUAACCUGGCUUGGAAUCACUAUAUCGAGAGAAACCCAGAAGCUCGCCAAUUUCGAGGCCGCGUCAUCAAUAACUACAAUGAAUUGCGUGUUAUAAUUGGCCAUGAAGAUCCUCCACCAUUUUCUGGUGAUGAAGGUGCCGGGGAUGCAUUUCAAAGUUCAAAUGACAAAGGAAGUUACUUUGUGUGGACUGAAGAGAUGGAUCGCUGCUUAAUGGAGCUGCUGUUAGAGCAAGUGCUGCUGGGAAACAAAGUCGAAAACAACUUCAAGACCGGAGUGUAUAGCCUAGCUCUAGAUGCAAUAAACAAGAAGUUUGGACUGGAGUUGACAAAGAACCAUGUCAGAAACCGCUUGAGGACAUUGAAGAAACAGUAUGGACUAGUGAAGGAACUCCUCUCUCAUGCUGGAUUUGAGUGGGAUGAUAGACUCAACAUGGUUGUGGCUAGUGACGAGCAGUGGAAUGACUAUAUCAAGGAAAACCCGGAUGCUAGGCAGCUACGUGCAAAGCCGUUCGACAACUUCAAUAUGCUACGCUGUAUCAUGGAGCCAACGCCAUGUGAUAAUAACAGGCCCGAAAAUGUUGCCAACAUUGUCUUAAAUCCAACCCCAUAUCAAGAAUAUCACGAAAUGGAACUUGGUGCAUCCCCUGUCGAAGAUUUGGAAGGAAUGAACCAUGAUGAUAACAACAACGGCACUGGUGAUGAUGAUGAUGAUAACCUACACAACUCGUCAUCAUCGACACAGUCCAGGCCACCAUCAUCCCAGAACCUGAAGAAGAGGAGACGGCGUGCCAACGCUGAUGAUGUUAUGAUCGACAUAAUGAGCGUCAUUGCUACCAAUGUGGGCAAGAUUGCUGAUGCACUGGCUGCUGAGAAGACCAACAGUGUGGACCUGGAUGAAUUGUUUGAGAUGAUCAGAGUUAUACCGGAAUUUGACGAUGACCUUGUGAUUGAUGCUUGUGAGUAUCUUUCCUGUGAUGAUAAGAAGGCUAAGAUGUUCAUGAAGCUGGAUGAUAGACUGAGAAGGAAGUGGUUGUUGAAGAGGUUACGUAGUGGUGAUGGUGGUGAAAACAGCAACUGA